AAGCAGAGAUGACAUGUUUUUUAGGAGUUAACACAAAAUGUAAAGAAUAUAUAGUGAAAUUAAGCUACUGGAUGACAACGAAUAUUUUCUGUCGUGAACCUAAGGUAUGGUAACUGAAACUAGUAUCACAAAGCUUUUGUAUAGAGAAUCAAUGUUCCAUAGGAAAUAUGUUAUCUCAUAUGGUAGAUUAUAACAAGAUAUUUCACGGUUAAGAGGAAUCUGACACGUCAUUGUAUACGAUGUGAUAAUCAUUGUCUUUCGAUGUAGGGAAGCUGAUGAAUCUGUAAAUCAAGUUAUUUUGAAGUGUCCACCUACUAUACAGACCUGAGCAUUAUCAUCGACUCCUUCAUGCCCAUCGAUUUUUUUUUUAAUUACCAAUGUGUAUUUUAAAUUGAAAAAUUGAUAUAAGAGAAAAAUUGAUAUAAUAGUCAUAAAUCAUAGAUAAAUGUAAACACAAAUCUACUGAUUAUAUUUAAGUCCGCACAAACGUGCGGAGCCGUCCACCUAGUAAUCUUUUAUUUUCAAAAGAAUGUUCUAACACAAUUGUAUAUUGAAUUAAUAAUUUUUAGCCCAUAUUAUUUUAUUUUAAAAAUAUUAUAUUAAUAUUUAGAAGUUAAAUAAUUAUAAAAAAUCAGUAAGACCAUAUACAAUACUAGCUGCUGAAUAAAAAUUUCAACAGUUGAACUUUUAUAAUGAGCUUGUUUAAAAUCCAAAAAAAAUCUGAUGUUAGAUUAGUUCUUGUUGAAUUUAUUGAACAUGUUGAAAGUGUAUAAUGAGGGAUCCACCGUGUUGAUUUUCUCUACUUUAAACCACACACAUAAAAAAAAUAUGAUAGAAAGUGACAAUUUUUCUUUUUAUUUAAAAAAAAGAGAAAAAAAUUGUAUCCGCACAUGCCAAACAAUAUCACCGGUUGAUGGAGUUUUAUAAUUUUUUGUUAUACCCUGAUUACUUUAGAUCAAUUAUCUUGUAUCAAAUAAGAUUUCUUAUAAAAAAAUUAUAUCAAAAUUUAUAAAUUUUUGUGGUCUACAAAAAAAAAAGAUUUUGUUCAUUUGAUUUGGAUAAAAUCAGUUAUUUCCUACAAUAUUUUCAAUAUUUUUGAAGAAAAGAUUAUUUCAAGUUGAUAAAAAAUAUUUUGUGUUAAAAAGAUAUUUAAAAUUUAUUUAGUUUUUAGUUUAUUAUGGUUUUUAGUUUAUUAUGGUUUUUAGAUAUGUUUUCAUUUUUUUGCUAUAAAAUACAAUUAUAAAAGAAGAAAAAUAUGAGACAAAAAUGGUGAGUAGAGUGUUAAAUUUUGUUAAAUGAAAUUAUUUAAGGUGUAAAAAAUAAAUGAAUAUUGAAUUAAUAGGUGGAAGAUGAUAUGGAGUGUUAAAAGUGUUGAUUAAGGUGUUAAAUAAUUUCAACCCAUUGUAAGGAUUGUUUGCAAAAAAAAAAAUUACUUUACAAACUUUAGUGGCUGUAGACUUACAAAACAAUUUCCUUUGCAAACUUUAUAGUUUAAUUAAUAGGUAAUAACAUGCGUCUUGCAGGAGAUGUGAUUAUUACCGUUGUUAUUUUUUAGUAAAGAGAUAAUUAAAUCUGUUUAAUCUGAAUAUCGGUUCGGUUUUAAGUUAUACAUAUUAUUAUACAGGACAAUUUUUAUAUGCUAUUGGCAGAAAAACAAGAGGCUAUGACUAUGAUAGUGUUUUUUUUUAUAACGAAGUUACUUGUUCAUUGGGUUUUGGUAUAACUUUUUAAAAAUAUAAAAAUAGAAGAAAAACUAUCUACCUGAUAAUCAAUCUUAAAUCCGAAGAAGCUAAUUCUCUUGUAAAGGUAAUUUAACUUUCAAUAUACAGUAAUGUACUUUGAGAAAUUCUAAAGAAAUAAAAAAAAAUAGCCGUUGUAAUACACUCUAGUUGCGACAAUUAAACCGGAUGUAUGUACAGCUGUACAAGUUAUUGACCAUUAGAGUUAAGUUAAUAACGUCGUUUAAACGCCGCCUAACCAAAUUCUUUAUUUAAAAAAAUUCUUCGUCUUAUAGAUCAAAAUAUUAUUCACUCUCAACUCUCUUUUUUUUUCCAGAGACGAUCACGAAAUCAUUCUUAACUCUGUUACGUUUGCUUAUACGAUCAUACUUUUUUUUUCAUUCGCCUUUUCUUAUUUCAGAGUUUUUAAUUUCAAAAUUUUGGGGCCUAUUUAGGGUUUUGAAUCCGCAUGUAUCGCACUCACAAUCUUGGUGAGAAACCCGCAUAUCUUAUCCGAAGGAUCUUCUUCAAGAGUCGUGUUUAGGGUUCGUCUUCUUCAAGAGCAAACGCAGAAGAAGUGAGAAAUCCGCAUAUCCAAUCCGACGGAUCUUCUUCAAGGGGCUUUUGCUUUGUCAGUUUCUGUUGUAUCAAACCAUUCAUUGACGACACUUUUUUUCCCAGGUACUUCCUCUUUCUUUGACCUUAAAAAAACAAUAAUAACCGGUUUAUUAUAAGUAGUAAUGCCUGAAAACAAGUAGUUCAUAUUAUAGCUUUUGUCUUUCUAGUUAUUCACCUGUUAAUAGUUAAGCUGUAUUCGUUAUAUGUCUUUCCUUUAUCUUUAUUAACUCUAGUCUUUACUCGUUUCUUUUUUUCUUUGUUUUCUUUAGCAUGUACUGUAGUUUUCCUUUAUCCGAUCUAUACUAUAAACGAGGUAAUCUUAAUUACCUCUCUAGAGUGUCCCUGAUGCCAUUAUGUGAGUGAGAUUGUCCCAUGGUUUCCUAGUUGCCCGAGCUAUAUAACAAAAUGACUCAUAACGAGGUAAUCUUAAUUACCUCUCUAAAAUGUCCCUGAUGCCACAAAACAGAUGAAGUUGUCCUGCUACUUGUUUCAUAGUCUCAGAGCUGUAAUGAAAAUGCUAUGAACCAAGGUAAUCUUAAUUACCUUUCUAAAAUGUCCCUGAUGAUAUAUAACACAGAGCUAGUCCCACGGUUUCUAGUCCCUGAUGAUAUAGAACACAGUUUACCUGUAAACAAAUGCCUCGUAUUACAGGUAAUAUUAAUUACCUCUUUAAAGUGUCUCUGAUGACAGCAGAACACAGAGUUUGUCCCGCAGUUUCCAAGUCAUAGUAGAAUGGAGAAUGUAAACACUAAUGAGAUUGUCCCUGGAUAAGUGGGAUAUAAAACAAAUGUCACAUUAAGAGGUAAUCUUAAUUACCUUUCUGAUUGUCCCUGAUGAUUGAACACAUAGCUUGUCAUGUGGUUUUCAAUGCUCUGAAACAAGGUAAUCUUAAUUACCUUUCUGAAAUGUCCCUGAUGAUAGAACACUAAGAGCUUGUCAUAAGCGGUUUCUUACUCACAGUAGAAUCGUGAGUGUCCCUAAUGCUAAAAACACUAAGAGCUUGUCCCUGAAUAAAGUCGGUUUUUCUAGUCACCCGAGCUAUAAACAAAUGAGGUAAUCUUAAUUACCUCUCUCUAAAAUGUCCCUGAUGCCAUAAAGCAGAUGAGUUUGCCCCGCUUGUUAAAAAUGCUCUGAAACAAGGUAAUCUUAAUUACGUUUCCGAAAUGUCCCUGAUGAUAAAACAAAGAGCGAGCUUGUCCCGCGGUUUUUUAGUCACAGUAGAAUCGAGAAUGUCCCUGAUACUCUGUAACACAAACACGAGCUUGUCCCUGAAGAAGUCGGUUUUCCUAGUCACCACCGAGAUGUUAACAAAUGCCUCGUAACGAGGUAAUCUUUGAAAUGUUCCUGAUGAUAGAACAUAAGUGAGCUUGGCAUGUGGUGGAGUCGAGAAUGUCCCUGCAUAACUCGGUUUCCUAGUCACCCGAGCUCUAACCAAAUGCCUCGUAAAGAUAAAUGUCCCUACUAUGUCACUGAUGCUAAAUUGCAAAUGAGGCUGUCCCUUUUGGCUACUUAGUAUCCUUCAGAGUUACCUGAGUAAAAGGCCUUCAGAAUUGCUUGAGAUCCUAGUCACUCAAGUGAAAUUUAAAGCCAGACGAAAGUCCCUUGAUGCUAGAAUGCUGCUAAUAAGGCCGCCACACCUCAUUAAACACACAAAUGCCUCUGGAAAUUGUUGCUUGAGAUCUUAGCCACUCAAGCUAAAUGAAAGCCAAGAGAUUAGAGGAUACAAAUGAUGAGGUUGUCUCACCUCUUUGGACUACUCGGGUGUCUGGUCACUCUAAGUUGAACAUAAAUGCCUCUGCCCAAAUCUAAUGAAAAGGCUCAAACUAAAAGAAAAGCGUAAAGAACGACCGAGUUUAUAGAAUGAAAUGAGGCUGGGUUGCCUCUGUUCCUUGUCCACGGUUUACUAGUCUCAAAGCUAUAAUCAAAAUGCUCUGAAACAAGGUAAUCUUAAUUACCAUUCUAAAAUGUCCCUGAUGAUAGAACACAGAGCUUGUCUCCUAGUAACAAAUGCCUCGUACUGUAGGUAAUUUUAAUUACAUCUUUGAAGUGUCACACGGUCCUAUGAAAAAAAUGCAUUUUCUAGUCAACCGAGCUAUUAAAAAAUGCUUGGUAGCGAAAAAUUUCAGUUACCUCUCUAAACUAUCCCUGAUGCCAGAACACAGAUGAGGUUGUCCCAUAUGUUUAUAAAACUCGUUUCAUAGUCGUAGAAUCAAAAAGCUAUGAAACAAGGUAAUUGUAAUUACCUUUUGUGAAACGUCCCUACGAUGUCACUAAUGCUAGAUUGCGAAUGAGGCUCUAUCCUUGUGGGUUACCUGAGUUAAAUGCUUUUGGAGUUGCUUGAGAUCCUAGUCACUCAAGUGAAAUGUAAAGCCAAAAACAGAAGUCUCUGAUGGUAGAAUACAAAUGAGGAUGUCCCAUCUCAUUAAAGCCAAACGAAAGUCUCUGAUGGUAGAAUACAAACGAGAAUGUCCCUGGUCACAGUAGAAACGAGAAUGUCCCUGAUGCUAUUAAAAGAAACGAGAGACCGAGCUAUUAACAAAUGCCUUGUGACGAGGUAAUCUUAAUUACCUCUCUAUAAUGUCCCUGAUACCAGAAACACAGAUAAGGUUGCCAUGCAUGUUUAUAUAGAUCGUUUCAUAGUCUCAGAGCCAAAUGCUAUGAAACAACGUAAUCUUAAUUACCUUUCUGAAAUGUUCAUGAUGAUAGAACACAGAGCUUGUCCUGCUGUUUCCUAGUCACAGUACAAUCGUGAAUGUCCCUGAUGCUGUUAUACCACAAAAGAGCUUAGCUUGUCCCAUAAACAAAUGCCUCGUAGGGAGGUAAUCUUAAUUACCUCUUCUAUUUAAUGUUGAUGAUGCCAAAACGAAAAUGAGGUUGUCCCGCCUGUUCAUAUAGCUCGUUUACUAGUCUCAAAACUAUAAUCAAAAUGCUUAGAAACAAGGUAAUCUUAAUUACCUUUCUGAAACAUCCUCAGCGAUUUAACAAAGAGCUUGUCCCGUGGUUUCUUAGCCACAAUAGAAUCAAGAAUGUCCCUGAUGCUGCUAUACCACAAACGGGCUUGUCACUGAAUAAGUCGGUUUUCCAAGUCACCCGAGCUAUUAACAAAUGCCUCGGUAACAAGGUAAUCUUAAUUACCUUUCUGAAAUGUUCCUGAUAACAGAACAUAAGUGAGCUUGGCCUGUGGUAAAGUCGAGAAUGUCCCUGCAUAACUCGGUUUCAUAGUCUCCAGAGCUAUUAAACAAAUGCAUGGUAACGAGGUAAUCUUAAUUACCUCUACGAGAUGUCUCUGAUCACAAAACAUACGUGAGCUUGUCCUGCGGUAGAAUCGAGAAUCUGCAUGGUAACGAGGUAAUGUUAAUUACCUCUCUAAAAAUGUCCCUGAUGACAAGACAGAACACAAGUAGUCUUGUCAUGCGUUAGAAUGUCCCUGCAUAACCUAGUCACCCGAGCUCUAACCAAAUGCCUCGUAAUGAGUUAAUCUUAAUUACCUCUGUGUCACUGCAAAUGAGGCUGUCCCUUUUGGCUACUUAGUAUCCUUCAGAGUUACCUGAGUAAAAGGCCUCCUGAAUUGCUUGAGAGUCACUCAAGUGAAAUUUAAAGCCAGACGAAAGUUCCUUGAUGCUAGAAUGCCUGAGUUAAACACAAAUGCCUCUGAAAAUUAUUGCUUGAGCUCCUAGCCACUCAAGCUAAAUGAAAGCCAAGAGAUUAAAGGAUGCAGAUGAUGAGGUUGUCUCACCUCUUUGGACUACUCGGGUGUUUGGUCACUUAAGUUGAACACAAAUGCCUUGGUCCAAAUCUAAUGAAAAUGCUCAAACAAAAAGAACAACCGAGUUUCUAGAAUGAAAUGAGGCUGGGUUGCCUUUGUUCCUUGUCAUCAACACAAUCUUCGCCCGCUUCCAAGUGUAUUAAAGAGAUGAGUUCUCCUCCGGGUUUCAAAGAUCACGCCAAGAGUUUCAGGUUAUUUUCUUUCCACUUUUUAAUAUUUUGGGUUUGUUCUUUCUUCUUCUCUGAGUUCUAUUUCUGGAAUCGUAAUUGGUCUUCAAUAGAUGUGCAUAUGUCUUUUGCCUUCAGUUUCAUAAGAAACUACGUAUGUAUUACUAAUGUGUUAAUCAAUUUGCAAAAACUUGAUAUCCAUGUUGCUUGAGUUAAUGUUAAGUACCUUUAAAGUAAGUUUAUGCAUCUCUGUUUUUCCCAAAUCUUUAUUUAGAUUCUACCUUAGUGUUUGUUUCUCUAUGUUGAAUCGAUCUCUUGAACUUCGUACUCUUCUUUGGUACAUAAUUGUAUCUCAUAAGAAAAUUUAUUGUUGAGUGCUUAUAAAAGCUAUGAUGACCGUUGCACUGCAUCACUUUGUAAUUCUUAUAUUGUAUAUAAAGGUAUGAAAAUUCUAACUUUUUUCUUUUGAAGUGUUUUAGUAUAUUGUUAUAUUGUAUAUAAAGGUAUGAAAAUUCUAACCUAAGUCAACAUGUUUCAGCUUAAGUUUUUAAUAUAUUUCAUGGCUCUUGGGUGAUACUCUUAGAUAUUGUGUUUAUAAUGCAUAAUCAGGUACUUUUUACAGGAUUAAUUGUUUUUGUUGGCAUAUGUUGUACAAUAUGUCUAUGUUUCAUAUGCUUCUAGUUGUAUCAUUUGUUGGUUUGAUUGCUAUGUUUAAGUUUUACUUGCUAUACUACAUUUUUUGUUUGCAGAUCUGAGUUGGUGAAAGUAGGAAGUAUUGUUUUUAAGUGACUCGAGAUCACAGCACGAGUAGCAAUCACCUAAACAAAAAGCGUAUAGGAAGAAUUAAACUUUUUGAGAAAAUCUCUUUCGAGAUGUCAUCCACGGCCAUCGGUGUCAGCUUGUCAGUGAGUAGCCGCAUAAGAAGAGGAGGAGGAGGAGAACUCGAUGUUGAAAGAGUACUAGUGACGGCCUCACCGACGACUUUGAAGCUGAAUCAGACCCGGAGAGUAGUCGCAGGCAGGUUUUUGAGGAUGAAGAAAAGAUUCCAUGGUACCGUAGCAAUCACUAAAGCAGAGGUGGACGACGGAGAGGAGAAGAGGACUAGUAGGAAUAUGAGAGUUGGACUCAUUUGCGGAGGUCCGUCGGCAGAGCGUGGGAUUUCUUUAAACUCUGUUAGAUCAGUUCUUGAUCAUAUUCAGGGUAAUGGUAUAAGCGUCAGCUGCUAUUACAUAGAUCCUAAUCUCAACGCUUAUGCAAUAUCCUCUGCUCAGGUGUACUCAAAUACUCCGGCAGAUUUUGAUUUCAAGCUUGAGAGUCUUGCACAAGCAUUUGCUUCGUUAUCAGAAUUGGCCGAGCAUCUUGUUUCAGCUGUUGACAUUGUCUUCCCAGUAAUUCAUGGUCGGUUCGGUGAAGAUGGUGGCAUUCAGGAGCUGUUGGAGAGUCAUAACAUUCCAUUUGUCGGUACCGGAUCCGUAGACUGUCGCCGAGCCUUUGACAAGUAUGAAGCCUCUUUGGCGCUCAAGGAGCAUGGGUUCAUGUCAGUACCGAACUACUUGGUUCAGGGAACUGAAGUAGACGAAAGUGAAAUAGCGCAAUGGUUUACGGAUAAUCAGCUGGACCUCGAGGUUGGAAAAGUCGUGGUAAAACCAGCUAACUCAGGAUCUAGCAUUGGUGUCAAGGUUGCUUUUGGCGUAAAAGAUUCAAUUAAGAAGGCUACUGAACUUAUUCUAGAGGGAAUUGACAAAAGGGUAGUUGUUGAGGCGUUUAUUGAAAAUGCAUAUGAGUUUACUGCCAUCGUCUUGGAUGUCGGUUCUGCCUCUGAUUGCCAUCCUGUUGUGCUGUUACCUUCUGAGGUAGAACUUAAGUUCCACGGCAGUGGUGAUACGAAAGAAAACGCCAUCUUCGACUACCGGAGGAAGUAUCUGCCGACACAACAGGUCACCUAUCAUACUCCUCCCCGGUUUCCUAUCCAUGUUAUCAAAAGCAUACGUGAAGAGGCAUCUCUUCUAUUCAAAAAGCUAAGUCUACGCGAUUUUGCUCGCUUUGAUGGAUGGUAUUUGACUUCCACUUCAAAUUUAGCAUCAUCUGCAAGUCAAACGCUUACAAGAUCAGGGGAUAUUAUAUUCACAGACAUCAACCUGAUAAGUGGCAUGGAACAAACUAGCUUGUUCUUCCAGCAGGCUUCUAAGGUUGGAUUUUCUCAUUCAAACAUUUUACGAACAAUAAUCUACCGUGCUAGCUCAAGGUAUCCCAAGCUUUCUUGGUAUAAUUAUGAUGAGUCUAGCCAAGGUUCAACAACCAUGGAAACCCCCGGGGACGUCCAGAAAGUGUUUGUCUUAUUUGGAGGAGACACUUCAGAGCGGCAGGUCUCAGUCAUCAGCGGAACAAAUAUAUGGAUGAAUUUGCAAAGAUUUGGAGAUCUCAAGGUAACUCCUUGCUUGCUAUCUUCAUCACUUAGCAACUCAAUGGGCCCAUUUCCGGACAAAACAGAAUCAGAUUUGGACAAUAGAGAAGUUUGGUUAUUACCCUACUCCGUUGUGCUAAGGCACACUGUUGAGGAAGUUCUUGCAGCUUGCAUGGAAGCUAUUGACCCUGAUCGGGCUCGUUUUACGUCUCUUCUGCAGCAGCAAGUGAAGGAGGAAAUUAUGGAUGCUUUGAAGAAUCAAAGCUGGUUUGCAGGGUUUGAUAUAACAGACGAAGUGCCCAUGAGAUUCUCGUUGAAAGAUUGGGUCAAGCUUGCCAAGGAAUCUGAAGCGAUCGUGUUCCUUUCAGCGCAUGGAGGAAUUGGAGAAGAUGGUACGAUGCAGGCUUUAUUGGAGGAUGAAGAAGUGCCUUACACAGGUUCAGGAGUACAUGCUUCAAGGAUUUGCAUGGACAAGGCUAUGGCAUCUAAGGCUCUUAGUCAUCUUUCAGAGUUUGGAGUUCAAACAAUAAGCAAUGAAGUGAAGAGAACGGAUGAUAUAAUCCAUGAGAGCAUCCCUGCCAUUUGGGAUGAAUUGAUCACCAAGUUUAAGUGUCUGACACUAUGUGUUAAACCGGCAAGGGAUGGUUGCUCCACUGGUGUUGCAAGAUUAUGUUCCUCUGAAGACCUUGCGGUAUAUGUACAAGCUUUAAGAGACUGUCUACCAAGGAUUCAAGCAAACUCCUUUUCUAAGACACAUGGAAUGAUUGAGAUGCCAAAUCCUACCCCAGAGCUCUUGAUUUUUGAACCAUUUAUUGAGACAGAUGAAGUCAUAGUUUCAUCUAAAUCCAGUGAGAAGCUAUCAUGGAAAGGUAGUAGGCGGUGGGUAGAGAUAACCGUGGGCGUAAUAGGUAAGCAUGGGUCAAUGCGUUCGCUUAGUCCUAGUCUUACUGUCAAGGAAAGUGGCGAUAUAUUGUCACUAGAGGAGAAGUUCCAAGGCGGCACUGGCAUAAAUCUCACUCCACCUCCAACAACGAUCAUGAGUAAGGAAGCAUUAGAGAGAUGCAAACGAGGAAUUGAGCUGAUUGCGAAAACUCUCGGGUUAGAAGGGUUUUCACGUAUUGAUGCUUUCGUGCACGUUGAAACAGGAGACGUUAUGGCAAUAGAGGUGAAUACAGUUCCCGGAAUGACUCCUUCCACUGUUUUAAUCCAACAGGCAUUAGCAGAGCAGCCGCCAAUGUACCCUCCUCAAUUCUUUCGCACACUGCUCAAUCUUGCUGCUCAAAGAGUCAAGUAAGCCUUUUUCUGUAUAUAUCAUUCCCAAGUGUAUUAAAUAAGAGUGUUGUAAAUUUGAUUUCGUUGUGUGCUAUAUUGAAAACAAAAGUUUGAAUAAUGUGAAAAACAAUAAUGUACUUCUGUUAACCUGGAAUGUAUUCAUGUGGACAUUCUACAUUAUUGUAUUACGACUUCAUAUGGUAGUGGUAGGCUUUGCCAUUGAUACAUCA